CCCAUCGGCACGCGGUCCACCUCGGCUUCUUCGCUGGCUCUAUUUUCUGCAUCGCAUCUCGUCCCAUCCCAUCCCCAUGUCUUCUUCUCUGGCCGGCAUAGCGAAGGGCCACCACCCGCCCGAUGACAGCGCAACUUCCCAGGCACUUUGUGUCUCUCGCUCUUCCCAAAGAAAGCCCUAGAAACCAGUGGCCCACCUUCCGCAUAUGGCGAUAUACCGCAUUCAAUGCCACGCGUCGUCCUCCUGACGCUCCUUCUGGGAAAUGCACGGGGGCGUCUCCAGGCCCACUUCGUCGUCAUUAGUAGCCAGGAGCAAAGGAUCUCACGUUCCUAGCGACGGCGAGGCCCACAUGGGUCGCUCUCCUGGCGCGAUACUCGUCGCGUGGGAGCGCUGCUGACAAAAGCCCUGGUGCGUUUUCGACUCCCGUUUCCCGCCAGGGACGAGUCCGAGUAUGGUCACAGCACACACGGCGGGGAGAAGUCUGCGUGCAGCAGGCACUUUCCCAGUGCGGGCCUUCGCCAGCCAGACAAUUUCCCAGUGGCGCUCUGGUUCUGGACCCAGUCCGGUGCGCCCAGUGUCUCGGGCUUCGAGUCUCAUGCGUGAAAGGACAUGUCGAUCGAGGAACCAGAACGCUGCUGCUCAUGUGUCGGAUGAUCGUGACUCCCAAGUGAACAGACGGGCAUCAGACGGAUUUAGACGACCGCGUUCGUUUUCCCGCGGACACUCUCGAUGAAUCAGAUGCUCAGAUCGAAUGUCCUCGUCUCUCGGGAGGCUCGGUGAUGUCGUCCUGCCAUCCACACGUCGAGUCUAUUAGCCAUGUCACGAGUACGUCAUUGCAGGACUUGUAACUUACAUGAUCCGGCAGAACGGAGUGGAUCUCCUCAUAUCUGUGCAAGGCUAGACUAGUCUACAUAACCAACAUUCGCGUUGAUCUAUCUGUUCCGAUCUCCGAUCUCCCCCGCCCGAAAUCUGAAGUGUCUGAUGUUCGAGCUCU